AUAGAAUGAAAAAUGUAAGAGAAAGUAAUUCAUUUAGUAGAUUCAAGACAAGACAAAAGCCUAAAGAAAAUGAUCAAAAUUCUUAGAUUCUAAAAUUGCAAAGUUAAUAGAAUGUCAAAAGUAAAGCCACAAGUCUAUUAUCUAGAAUUUUCAUCCAAAGCUGAGCAAGGCAGUUUCCAUGUCUUACCCGAAAGAGACUCGAGACCCAAAACCAAAUCCAUGGCUUAACAACUUAUACAAGUAUACUAAAUCCCCAUCGUAAUAUAGAAAUCUUCAAAAAAAGUGUUAGGGGAUACUCACAAUUCCUUAUUACCCAAGAACAAACUCAUCAAAUAGAAUAGUUUUGGAAAGAAUCGCUCUAAAAAAAUGCAUUCCCAUAGUUAUAAUCCAUGUAAUUGAAACAUAUAGAUAAUUAAUUAGAUGAAAGCUUUUAAAUAGAGAAUGAGGAUUGUUUUAACCAUAUUAACAACAUGUCCAACGUAUCCUUCAAAGAUUAUAUGGAUGCAGAAGGUACAAAAUACUAAAACUAAGCCAUAGCGCGUGCCAACAAAAUGCAAUCAGAUAAAUCUUAAGAAAUUAUUGAAGGUAAGAAACUUUUGAGCUUGGGUCAAACCGAAGAGGCACAAAAACUAUUUGAAAGCAUUCUCCAAGUCAGUAACAAUCCAGAAGCAAGAUAUUUAAAUGGUCUUUGUCAUUUGAGCAAAUCCGAAUUCUCAGAGGCAAUUGCAGAUCUAAGUCUCUUGAUUCAACAAUAACCACUCUAUAAAAGAAAUGCUUACAUUCUAUUAGCAAUUGCCUAUAAAAAAUUCAAUUGUCCAAACGAUGCCUUAACUACUGUAUCAUAAUUUAUUUAAAUUCAAGUUAACUCAUGCUAUUAAACAAUUUAACAAAUAUUUUGAUGCCUAUAUCUACAGGGGCAAACUUUUGUUGAAAAUGAAGUAGUAUGAUCGUGCUUUGAAGGAUUUCAGUAGUGCCGUAGAAAUACAACCAAAGAAGGCAAUUGCAUAUAUAGGAUAAGCCGACUGUUACCGAUACAUGAAUCAACCAAAAUACAGUGUCUAAGCAUGCACUCAGGCUAUAGAAUGUGAGGACUCCUCUUUCAGAUAAGCACUGGUCAAAAGGACUUUGCUCUACAUUGAUUUAAAAGAGUAUGACUUGGCACUUUUAGACAUCGAAGCAGUUUUAGAAGAAGAUCAUUGUGAUUCUGAAGCCUUAUACAUCAAAGGUUUCAUUUGUACAAAAAGAAGUAAAUCAUUAAGUUAAAUUCGCGUUAGAUUAGAUCUCAGAAGCCUUCCUAGCAUAUGAGUAAUCGAUCAAACAUAACAAUUCAAAAAAGGCUGUGUCCAAGUCUCUUUAUGAAAUUGCUAAGAUUAAAAUUGAAUAAAGAGAUUUUUACGAGGCAUUUUAUCAGUUAAGUCGUGCUGAUUAUUUAGAUGUCGAUGAAAAGAUCUUAGAGAAGUUCAAAAUAUUUACCGACGGGGUUACUUUCUUAAUGAAACGUAAAUUCGAUGAAGGUGUUGAAGCUCUGACUACCCUUAUCUCUAAACAUUAGAUUACAGAUUUUUUGAAACCUCUCAUCUAUUAAUAUAGAGCCUAUGGAUACUUUUGUUAAUCGCAGUAUUAGAAGUCUCUUAAUGAUCUCAAUCAAUUGACUUCACUUGAAAAACCCUCCAUUUAUAAUAAACUAAUAGCUGAAGGGAUCAUUGCUGCUGUUGCUAAUUAAUUCGAACAGUCUUAAGGAUUCUUUUUAAAAGCUUAAAAAUUAAUGCCCAACAAAAUGGAACCUUACUUUUAUAAAGCCACAACUUUAGUCAAAUUCUAUAGUUAUCUAAUUCCCAAAGACGACAUAGAAAAAAAAAAUAAAUUUUUGAAUGAUGCUCUCAAAUACAUGGACAUGGCAGUCAAAAUAAAUGAGCAAUCGAAUCUAUUGUUUUAUAGAGGAAUCGUUCUCUUUGCACAGGGGAGAUUGGAAGAUUCCUUAAUGGAUUUAGAUAAGGCCAUAGAAAAGUCGGAAGAUCAUGUAGCAAAGCAUUUCUACGUUAGAGGGAUGAUAUAGGCUUGUAGAAAUGCAUUUGAACUUGCUCUGAAUGAUUUAACCAUAGCAAUUAAUCUUGAUGAGAAACUUGUUGAUGCCUAUUUAAAUAGAGCGAAAAUGUUUUUAUUUUUGGGAGAUAGGAAAAAUGCUUAUUAUGAUGCUCAAAAAUACAAAGAAUGUAAAUAGACUGAUCCAUAGACUGAUAUUAUCAUAGGGAAUUUAUUCUUUUAGAUUGGGGCUUAUGAAGAUGCUAUCCAGUCCUAUUCUAAUAGUAUCAGCUCUGAAAAAAGCUUAUAAGUAUUGUAUUACAGAGCGAAAACAUACAUUUUAAUUAAGGAACUAAAUAGUUCAAUGCUUGAUCUGCAAAAAAUAGUCGAAUAAUCAAAUGAAAUACAUGCGAUUGUUGAUUUAAAUAUCUUGCAAUAGUUAAAGAAUACAUCAACAGCAAAUAGUGAUUAGAAUCUGUUUUCAGAAGCCCUACAAUGUGCUAAUCAAAUUUUAAAGAAGGGAGCAGAGGGAAAGAUAUUCAAAAAAUCAGACAUCCUAUUUUAUAAGGGAUUAUUCCUAUUCUAUUUAAAAUAAUAUGAUAGUGCUCAAUAAGCAUUAAGAGAAUCAUAUAAAAUUAAGGAGGAUCAAUAGAGGAAGGAGUUAGGUUCUAUGAAUGAUUCAGACUAAUAUAUUUUAGAGUAAUUGAAUCAAACUCAAAAGAAGAUAGAAUGUAGAAGCAAACCUUUGGAAGAAUUCGAAUUCAGUGAUAGAACUUAUAAUUUAUUUGAAUACUAUUUCAAUAGAGCAUCUGUACAUUUACUCUUAGGACAAAUAGAAUCAGCACUUGAUUAUUUAGAAUAAUUGCAUGAGAAUAUAGCAUAGUUAGAAAUCUAAGAACGUCUAUCAGAGUUUAUUGAAUUAUUGAAGGAAGAUCAGAAUCCUAAAAGUGAAAUCAAUCCUGAGCUUUCGAAGCUGACUGAAUUCAUCAUCUUUCCAUAACACAACAGAUUAUGCUCAAUAUAUCCAAUGGUCAAACUACCUUUAAAGAAAUAUAAAUAAUGCUUAUUGUUGAGGUUGUCCUUUUGUUUGCCCACAGUUGAGAUUCCUGAAAUGAACAUUAAAUUUGACGAUAAAUUACUUGAAACAAUCAGUGUAUAAUCAAUUAUUUACUAUUUUAGCCAACUGUAGUUGAAAAUAAGCCAGAAGCUCCUUGGAUUAAACGAACUUCUGAAGGUGUAAUUUUCACAGACAAUGUUCAGAUAGUUGAGGAUUUAGAUCUACAAUCAACAACAAGGCUUUCAAAGAAAUAGACAGAAAUAGAAGAUCCAGAAUUCUAACAAUUUGAAGAUUAGUUAAAUAAUGCAAUUGAGAAAUAUGAUUAUAGUGAAAUAGACUAAUAAGAUGAAAUUGUUGAAUAACCAAAUUAAGCUCUAGACUUACAGUAGCUUAAAUAAAAUCUAAUGCUAGAUUCUAAAAUUGCAGACAAAUUAAAUUCAAUUCUAUAAAAAAAAGCUUAAAAUUGA